AUCUGUCAUUCGAUGUUUCUCUUGCGGUUGUAAUUAGUAAACACGGAAAAUGUUGCAAGAGGUUAUCUUUUAAAAAUUUGUCUUGUUUUUAAAUUAAAAAGUAAAACUUUUGGAUUUUAUAAUUAUAAUGUUUGGAGCUCUGCGCCGUGGACUUGGUGGAAUUGGUGGCUUUGCUUGUUUUCGUUUAGCCUAUACGCCAGUUGCUUAUAAGAAAUUAGAUGAAGAUAGAAUAUCAAAUCCAGUUGAACGAAACUCAAAUUCCGGUGUUGAUAGAGUUAUGAAAAUAUUCGACCGCGAUGAAAAUGGAACGAUAUCACCUGAGGCGUCUUUCGUUAGCAUAUCUACAUUCACCGGUGGAUUCAUCGGCGCUAUUUAUGGCGGCCUAUUGACCUCAAGGAUAGCGAAUUUGAGCUUCAGAGAGAGUAACGAAGCAACGGUUUACUACUCACAAAAGGCUGCUGCACGAGAACUUCUAGAUAAAACCACAAUCGGCUUUGCAAAAGGUGUUGUCACGUGGGGUGCUCGCUAUUCCUUUUUCUGUUUCUCAUUUGUUGGAUUGAGUACGGUACUAUCGAAAUUCCGUGGACCAAAAGGAAUGGUGGCAGGUGGAUUUUUUGGCGGUUUAAUUGGAACAUUUGGCGGUUUAAUGCUGUACAUCACUUCAAAACUCAGUGGAAUAACAAUGGAUGAUGCAUACAAUUUGUCAAAACUUUAUUAUCAAUCGAAAGAUUAUAAUUUCCACGGUGCUCAAAGGCACACUGAAGAACCAGAUAUAAUCAUUCAAACUUACCACCCUUAUGGAACGCAAAAAAAGAAUACACUCGAUGACGUCGACGAUAUUCGAGACGUUUCUGAAUUAAAAUACAAUAAAAAUACGUUACCCAAAGAUAUUGUGACGAGCAAUAAUGUAAAUUCUAGCCCAGACAAGAAAUAAAAUCAGCAUAAAGUUCUAAUUAUGUG